AUGGGCGCAGAUGUGCGGCAACAGGUAGUGGACAGUGUUCGUGAAAGCCCCUCCUUCUCCCUUCAGCUGGACGAGUCGACGGAUGUUGCCAAUUGUGCUCAAUUAAUGGUGUACGUGCGUUUUGUUAAAGAGCUAAAUGUGCAUGAGGAGUUUUUGUUUUGUCACCCUCUGCCCUCGCGCACGACAGCAGACGAAAUCUUCAAGGUUUUGAAUGAUUUCAUGCGGGAAAAUAAUGUGGACUGGGGCCGCUGCUGUGGAAUAUGCACUGAUGGGGCAAGGGCAAUGACAGGCCGGCACAGUGGUCUGGUAAAAAAGGUGCAAGAGGUCGCCCCGGCUGCUAUUUGGACGCACUGCAUAAUCCACCGCCAGGCCUUGGCAACUAAGAGGAUGCCCCAAGAGCUGCACACUGUGCUGGACGAGGCAGUAAAAAUUGUUAACCUUAUAAAGUCGCGCGCCAUGAAUGCCCGUGUUUUCUCCAUCCUCUGCAAGGAGAUGGGUGCGCACUUUAAACAGCUGCUUCUGCACUCGGAGGUCCGGUGGCUUUCCCGAGGAAAGGUACUCACGCGCCUUUGUGAUCUCCGUGAGGAAGUCCUUCUUUUCCUCGCUGAAAUCAACUCUCCACUGGUAAAACACAUGGAAGACAUGAAGUGGGUUGCAAAGCUUGCCUAUCUUUCGGAUGUCUUCGAAAAGAUAAACACACUGAACAUCUGUCUGCAGGGCAAAGAGUGCAACGUCUUUUACGCACACGAUCAACUCUGUGGAUUUAGGAAAAAGUUGGAACUGUGGGGUGCGCGUGUGGAGCGGGGAUCAGUGGAAAUGUUUCCCACGUUAGAGGAUGUUUUGGCCAGAGCGGAGCUGAAGGUGGAGUGUUUACAGCAGGUGGUCUGCGCGCAUUUGGAGGGAAUGCGCAAGCAGUUUGGAGAGUAUUUUGGAGAGGAGACAAUGGCAAACCAGUGGGUGAGAAACCCAUUUUCCUUCCCCGUGACACUCAAAGAUGGACUUUCAGCAGGAGAGGAAGAGGCUCUGGCUGAGCUGAGCUGUGACAUGGACUUGAAACAGAGGAUGAGUGACGUGUCACUUGCGCACUUUUGGCUGUCAGUAGGGACUGAAUUUCCACAGCUCUCCACGAAGGCAGUGAACGUGCUCAUCCCCUUCACUUCAACCUAUCUUUGCGAAU